GCACUGAAAUAGAAAGUGUCAGAACUGGGAUGACAAGGAGGAUAACUUCGUGAGCACCCAUCCCGCGCCCUCUCUGACGAGUCCGGCGGGCGCCGCCUCCUGCGCCUUGCAAAGAGCCGGGCUGGCGGCAGGAAGCGGGCGGGAGGCAGCCGGUCCUCGCGAGGCCGAUUUCCUCCGGGGCGGCCCUGGGCGAUCUCUGGACUCGCAGACCCGCCUCGGUCGAGCACGAUCUCUCCCCCAGCCCCGCGCCACUCAACCCACCCACUUACUUCCUUCGAUCGCGCGCGCGCUCAUACACACACACACACACACACACACACACACACACACACAGAGCUGCCAAAAAUUUCCAACCUCCGCCCCCCUCCUGAGCUGACUUCCUUCCAGCGCUUCCUGAGCUGGACGAUCCUGGGAUUUGUAAGACAGGAAAAAAGGGACGGCGCGAGGGCGGGCGAGGGGACGGGAUGCUUGCUGUUCGCGGUCCCCCAGCGGUCUGAAGAGAGAACGCGGGCCUAGGGCGGAGCACACUCACAGCCCCGGGGCGGUCCCCUCGCCGCCGCGCCCCGGCCCCUGUUCCUCGCAAGACUCAGCGGAGAAGCGCGGGGGAGACGGCGCGGGAGCCCGAUGAGGGAGGUGACACCCGCCCGGGGCGGUGCACGACCCGAUCUGCUCUCCCAUGCCGACCCGCGGCGCGGCUCUGCCCCGGUGACCCGACCCCGAAACCCUCGUCAGCGGUGCGGAGCAGAGAGCGGAGACGGAGGGUCAGCCUCUGUGGGACUAACUCAUGAAGAACAAGGGUGCCAAGCAGAAGCUGAAACGAAAGGGAGCCGCCAGUGCGUUUGGAUGUGACCUGACAGAGUAUCUGGAGAGCUCGGGACAGGAUGUUCCAUACGUACUGAAGAGCUGUGCUGAAUUUAUAGAGACUCACGGCAUUGUGGAUGGGAUCUACCGUCUCUCGGGCGUCACCUCAAACAUCCAGCGGCUAAGGCAAGAGUUCGGCUCAGAUCAAUGUCCAGAUCUGACAAGGGAAGUGUACCUCCAAGACAUCCACUGUGUGGGCUCCCUGUGCAAGCUGUACUUCAGGGAGCUGCCCAACCCCCUCCUGACCUACGAGCUCUAUGAGAAAUUCACGGAAGCAGUGUCUCAUUGCCCGGAAGAGGGCCAGCUGGCCCGAAUCCAGAAUGUCAUCCAGGAGCUCCCCCCGCCCCAUUAUAGGACCUUGGAAUACCUGAUCCGACACCUGGCCCACAUCGCCUCAUUCAGCAGCAAGACCAACAUGCAUGCCAGGAACCUGGCCCUGGUGUGGGCCCCGAACCUCCUCAGGUGUAAAAAAAUUGAAGCCACUAUUUGCAACGGAGACGCAGCCUUUCUGGCAGUCCGGGUCCAGCAGGUGGUGAUUGAAUUCAUACUGAAUCAUGCAGACCAAAUCUUCAACAGUGGUGCUCCAGGGCCUCUGCAGCAGGAUGAAAGCCGUGUCAUCACCAAAAGCCUGACCUUGCCAGCCCUGUCCCUGCCCAUGAAGUUGGUAAGCCUGGAGGAGGCUCAGGCCCGAAGCCUGGCCACAAACCACCCCGCUCGAAAGGAAAGACGAGAAAACAGCCUGCCUGAGAUCGUCCCUCCCGUGGGCACCCUCUUCCACACGGUCCUUGAGUUACCAGACAGCAAGAGAAAGCUUUCCAGUAAAUCAAAGAAAUGGAAAUCAAUAUUUCACCUGGGGCGUUCUGGGUCGGACUCGAAAUCCAAGCUGAGCAGAAAUGGGAGUGUGUUCGUGAGAGGGCAGAGGCUCUCAGUGGAAAAAGCUACUAUCCGACCAGCUAAAAGCAUGGACUCGCUGUGUUCAGUGCCUGUGGAAGGGAAAGAAAGCAAAGGAAAUUUCAAUCGAUCGGUCACCACUGGUGGAUUUUUCAUUCCAGCCACAAAAAUGCACGCGGGCAGCGCUGGCAGCUCCUGCGACCUCAGCAAGGAGAGCGAAUGGGGUCAGGAGGGGAUGCCGGCUGGGGCUGAGGGGGGCUGUGAGGUGGGCGGUCAGAUCCGACCCCUGCCUGAGCAGCUGAAGGUGUUCCGCCCCAUCGGAGACCCUGAGAGCGAGCAGUCCGCCCCCAAGCUUCUGGGGAUGUUCUACACCUCCAGCGACAGUCCCGGCAAAUCCGUCUUCACCAGCAGCCUGUUCCAGAUGGAGCCCUCACCGCGCCACCAGCGAAAGGCGCUCAACAUCUCGGAGCCCUUCGCAGUGUCGGUACCACUGCGCGUGUCCGCUGUCAUCAGUACCAACAGCACCCCGUGCAGAACACCCCCCAAAGAGCUGCAGUCUCUCUCCAGCCUGGAAGAGUUUUCUUUCCAAGGUUCAGAAAGUGGAGGAUGGCCAGAAGAAGAGAAGCCCCUGGGAGCUGAGUCUCUUCCAGGACGGCAACACCGUGUUCAGAACCAAGACUGCCAUGAAGCUGUGCAAUGCAGCCCAGCUUCUGUGGCUAAGAAGGUGGCUUCCGAGGACACCGUGCCAGAACCCGAAGCCCUGGGGACAGCAGAAGGUAGCCAAGGCCCUCCCCUCCACCCAGGUACCCAAGUGGAGAAGAAAACCUUGGAAAUAUCCCUGGGCUCUCAACUUUCAAGGGACCCAGAGAAGACGCCAAAUGCCGAGAAGGUGGUGGAGGAGAGCCAGGGGGCUGACCAGCUGAGGAACACUGCUCCACAAGAGGGCCUCAGGGCCAGGACGGAAGCAAUGCUUCUCCACGAGAUGGAUGAAGAUGACCUAGCUCACACCCUGAUCUGGCCUGAGAUUCAACAGGAACUGAAAAUCAUUGAGUCAGAGGAGGAGCUCUCGUCUUUGCCACCCCCUGAUCAGAAGACAAGCCCAAUAACUGAGACAGAUCCAGCCCCACUUCCCUUCCCAGAAGCCUCUGCGAGUUCCCCCUGUUGUAGCUCUACACCUCUGCAAGUGUGGACGAGGGACUCAGCCACUCAGAGCACACAGGAGGCUGCCAUCCCUGCCAAUAGAGAGAAGCUGGAGCCGGUUGGCAACAUCCCUGGGUCAGAGUCUGAGCAGGUGCUCAGCCCGGACCCAGCCAGUCUGGCACCUCUGCAAUUACUUCUGUUUGAGAAGGUGUCUUCUCCAGCUAGGAUAGACACAGGAGGCCCAAGAAAUCUCUCUCCUCCACUUCCUCCUGCUCCUCCCCCUCCAACUCCUCUGGAGGAGGAGCCUCGAGUCUUGCUGUCAAAGGAAGGCCCUGACAGAGACAAAUCAUCCAUGGAUUCCAGGACAGAUGCCUACACAGAGCAGCCAAAACCCAGAGACAAUCCUGGCAUCCCUAGCCUCUGUCAGAGAGAAGAGGCCUUUGCCAGCCCCAACGAGAAGCAAAAUGCAAAGUGUGCAGUUCCCGAGAGCAAAGGCCCCGGUCUUCCGAGCCCAGCACAGGAGGUUGAAGUCUCCCCUCCAGAGGAGGGGGAUGCCCCCCACGCAGCACAGGAGCCUUCAGACUGUGAUGAAGACGACACGGGGACAGACACAGCUCAGCACGGCCUGGAGAUGGUAGAACCGUGGGAGGAGCCCCAGUGGGUGACCAGUCCCCUUCAUUCUCCCACCCUGAAAGAAGUGCAGGAGUCGCAGGUGCAGUGCGCCCAGGCCCACCGUUUGGAGAGGAGACUUUGCCACAGGCCCAGCCUUCGCCAGAGCCGUUCUCUAGAUAGCAAAAGCACUGGUCAGAGUCACUGGACUCUCGAGAUUCCCUUCUCCAGCAGCUGUGCCGACCUUGAAACGGAGAGGAAUUAUGAGCCCCUGCAGCCCCCCGCGGCCAGGAAUAAGAUUGCUGGGUGGGAGGAAAAAGCCCUGAAAGCCUUCAGAGAGUUCUCUGGCCUGAAAGGGUUAGAGGCUCUUCCCAGCCAGAAGGGACCGUCUGGUGUACCACCCAAACCAGUGGAAACCAACUUCAGCAGUCUGGAAGAGGGAAAGGAGCAGGAACCAGAGCAAGGACUCAGCAACCCUCAGGUGGAACACAGCCAUGUCGUCCCCGGGCCUGAGAGCACCACAGAACGUUCACCUAGGGCUCCAGACAGCACCUCGCCUGGGGAGCACCCCCUAAAGCUACAGCAUAAGAGCACUGAGUGUGUGCCCUCCAAAGGGAAACACAGGCCUUCCUCCCUCAACUUGGACUCUGCCACGCCCAUCGCUGACCUCUUCCGACUUGAGAACGGGGCUUCAUUUAGUUCACCUGGCAUAGAGCUCUCUGAACUAGGAGACGCCAAGGUCACCUGGGUGACCUCCUCUCACUGUCAAGCAGCCCCCUGGAACCCCCAGGACACUCAGGACCUGAACAUUGUUGCCCAUGCUCUGACAGGCCGUCGGAACUCAGCUCCUGUGAGCGUGUCAGCUGUAAGAACCUCCUUCAUGAUCAAAAUGUGUCAGGCCAAGGCUGUCCCUGUGAUCCCACCCAAGAUUCAGUACACGCAGAUCCCACAGCCUCUGCCCUCUCAGAACACAGGGGAAGGGGGGACUCAGCCUCUAGAGAGGAAGCAGGAAGAGCCUGUUUCAACCACUGAGACCCCUCAGAAACUCACCAAAGAUGAUUCUCCCUCCUCCCUGGAAAGCCCAGAGGAAGAGCAGCAACCAAAGCAAGAGACAGGAGCCUUUGCAUCCCAGAGGAAGGACAGCCCUGCAUCCUGCGCGUGCGAGGGAUCCUUCUGCUCUCUGGAACCAGGGGCCUCCAGCCUGCUCUCCACACAGGAUGCGAUGGUGCCAUGCAGGAAACGCACAUCAGAGACAGAACCAUCAGGGGAGAACCUUCUUUCUUCGAAACUGGAGCGAGCGUCUGCGGGUCCUAAGUCUUUCCACAGGUCAAGGCCGGGAAGACCUCAGAGCCUAAUCUUAUUCCCCAUCAUGGACCACCUACCCUCCUCCUCCGCAAUGAUAGAUCCCAAGGUCCUGCUGUCCCCCAUCAGAAGCCCUACUCAGACAGUCUCCCCUGGCCUUCUCUGUGGAGAGUUGGCGGAAAACACGUGGGUCACAGCGGAAGGGGUUACGCUUAGGAAUAAGAUGACCAUCCCUAAGAAUGGCCAGAGACUAGAGACGUCAACGAGCUGUUUUUACCAGCCCCAGCGGAGAUCCGUGAUUCUGGAUGGAAGAAGUGGGAGGCAAAUAGAAUGAGACCAGCUGGCCCGAUGGUGUCUGCAGAAACGUCAGGUUCAUCUGGAGGUUAUGAUAGGACCAACUGGCCAUCUUUCCAGGCACAAGUUAUCUAAAUGGAGGCUUAUUUUGGCCUCUGACCAUCCCCAUCUCCCACUUCCCCUGCCUCUCUCUUUGUCUUUGACCAUGCAUGAGUCCGUUUGCCAGAAGAAUGGUCGAGACAAGGACCAAAAAGUCCGAUUUAAGUAAGUCCACAGGAGCAAGUUGGGAAGGUUAGGCAAGGGAAGCGGAUGGAAUUCUUGCCUCCGGCGGAAACUGGGGCUCGUCGGUGAGUCUCAGCAUUUCUCCAUCAUCACUGUCUGUUACUGUUCAGAGCUGGCUGUGUUAGUAUCCCUUGAAAGAAAGAACAAUCCUUUGCCUGAGUCAGAGAAAUCUUCCUGUUGCCACCGAAGGCUUCUUCGUGCUUUCUUAGGCUCUUUAAGGCGUGUUCUCUUAGACCAGUUUUCUGUAAGCUCUGUAAAAAUGUCUUACCCCCAAGUAGAAGCAGAUCUGAAAAUGCAAACUAACAUGCACUUAAGGUAUCCAGGUGGGGGGCCUUUCUUGCACUCUCUCCCUGGGAUUGCUGCAAACCUGUCCGAGGUGAUCCAUGAACCACAAAGUCACAAUCAGUACUCAAGAGCAGAGCCCCAGAUUGGCACCACCCACGAACGCUUCCUGGUGCUGGCUUCGCGACUCCCUCCACCUGCCCUGUGCUGAACAAAUCCAGCAGUUAGGGGGACUGAGGACUGCAAGUCAUAUAGGGUGGGACGGGAAAGUCAUACAGGUCUGCAGGAGUGACGUGUCUGCUUUCUCAAUAGUACCAGAAUCCAAGUGCCACAUGUCAUAGGGAGAAGCCUCAAAGAAAGGCACAACUUCAUAGGGACCUGAUGUGUUUAAAGUUAGCCAGGCAUCGGGGAGAAAAUUCUAGCUCAGCUUGACCAUCCAUCACUAAGCUGUCUGGGCCCAGCAUGACAGGAGAGGGGGCAAUGAGGGGUCCCAGCAGUGGCUGUCACUGACAUUCAUGGUCCUCAAAGGGGCGUUGCCUUUAGCCAGUGGCUCCCUUCCUUUCUCCUUCUCUCAAGGGCUGAUUUGAGACACCUUUCUCUGUCUUAACUCCCCCUUCACCAUCCACCUGAGCACUCAGACUUGCUCUUUGACAUUGUCUAGACACAAGCAGAUGCAGUAAACCAAUCUGGUGUUCCUUACACCUGCUGGAAGAUACCUGGUGCUUCCAUUCAAACGCUCAAUGGAGCACUUUUCAGACCCCAGCCUGGCUGAGCUCUGUCCAGAAGCUCAGUUUAGAGACAGACUGGCAGCACCCGUGGGCUGACCCCAGUCAGUCACUACUGGACUGGGUGGGGCUCAGCUGAAGUCAUCUCCAGUGGAAAUGUGGAAGCCUCAGCACAGAUGUCAUGCCCUCCUUUCCUCCCAGGUUAACCUCAAAGAUCUGAAGUCCUGACCUACCCCUUUAAGCAGGGCCUGGGCCAAGGCUAACUAGUAAGUCAGCUAAUGAGAGUGAGCCUCCGUGAGGGAGCGCGGGAACAGUUACUAGGUCUUCAGCCUUUGCUUUCUUGGUAGGCGAGGAAAGCACUGGACCAACAGCCACGAGAUGUCAACCCACAAGAAAUCUUAGGACACAGCAGUUCCCCCCUAGUCACGGAAGGUGAAGAAAUAUGUCUGGAGAGAUGAGAACGGCCGUGUUCUGAAGAUCUGAAAACACAUCCCUGCCUUAGCAAGCUCUGAGCGAGGCUCAGCACGCUCAUGGUAAUGCCUUAGCAAAGACUCGUUCCAGUGGGACGUGAGAGGGAGAGAGCCACGCACCGGAACACUGAAACUACUUAAUUACUGUUUUAAAUUUUCUAAUACGUCUAGGAUGCAUUUGUACUGGCAGGUAGACAGAAAAGCCACCAUCUGUACGCUAACAAAUGACUUCAGUCCUGAGGGCGGGUUUCUAAAAUGAUUGCCAUGCUCCUUUAGAUACCAUUCAUCUGCCACAUCACCUUCAGAAGAACGGGCAUGUUGGUGUCCCCAUGACCCCCUGAUACUUAUUUGGAAAUCUUCCUUACUUCAAGUUUUCUUAGCCAGUCAAUUCCAGAAGGGUUUGGGACUUUCCCAUCUCAGAGUCCUGUUUCUCAAGUGUGGUCCUUUUUUGAUGUUCUUACAGCUUUCAACUGUCACAAACUUAUUCAUACAUUUUGUGGGCUGGGUAAGCCUGCAUUGAUGAAACUCAUUCCAUGGCAAAGACAUUUUUCCUCAAGAUGCCCUGGGUCACCAUUUGGCCACCACCGGGGGCUCUAAUAUUGGAUCCCUAAGAAUGGCAGUCAGACCACUUGCUUCCAUCCAGGUAAAGGAGCACUGUCGUCAGGACUGCCGAUAUGCCAAAGAGAGCAGGAGUCACUCCUCAGAGCAACUGCCAGUCCCCAACCCGGGGCAGCUCAUUUUCAAGGCUGAAGUUCAAGCAAAAUGCUUACAUGUACCCUUUUUUGACAUGUUACUGUUGCUUAAGUCAAUAAUCCAUAUUUAUUUACAAAACAGUCCUCACAAGAUGGUCCCCCCCCCCACUUUUGCCAAAAUCGAGUGGAGAAAAAGCAUUGAAUUUUUGUUCUUUACUCUUAGAUUAUGAAGAGAUCUGACCAAGAUGUCAUUAUAAAAUACACUACUGGCUUAACGUAAGCCUUAAAAUUCAAAAUAGUACCCAAAAUAAAAUUCUGGACUCUGGAGACACUAAAAUGUCACUGUCGGCAUCCUCAUCAAGCCUUUAUCAAAGGCUGGAGAGAGGGCACUGGUUACCUUGGCACUCCCACACUGGUGAGGAGUCUGACGAAGAGGAGGGACACUGGCAAUCCAAGAGCCCGAAACAGCUGGGAGCAGGGUGAGAACCACUAGAUGCCAAGAGAAGGCAGAAAGCAGCGAGUAGCUCCUUUCAGUAGGGAUGUUAACAGUAUCAAAUGACCUACUAAUUUCAAAUAAUAUAGUUAAGCAGAAUUGCAAAUCCAAUAAAAUGUACCAGUAAGACACUUGGGUGUUGAGAACUCUGUUUUUAAAGAUCAAAGUGAAAAUGAGCUACUAAGUAUUUCUGAUGGUUUGCACGGUCCUUGUUGGCUGUAAGGUCUACCUGUUGGAUGUCUACUUAUAAACCAAGUAGGCUCAGAUCCCACACACCGUAAGAAAGGAUUUCAGAGACUUUGAUCAUAAAAAAAAAGUCAAUUUCUGCAGUUGAUAAAAUCACAGAUAGGCCCAAGACGAACUGUUGAUUAAGAAGCUCUGAAGAGCGGGCAGUGGUGGCUCACAACUUUAAUCCCAGCACUUGGGAGACAGAGGCCAGCCUGGUCUACCAAAAGCUAGUUCCAGGAGAGAUGCCAAAACUACAGAGAAACCCUGUCUCGAAAAUGGGGGGGGGGGGAGAACCCUCCAGAGACUGUAAGAUUGUUUGUCUCGGACUGGGAUGGAAGAAGUUUCUAGUAAGUCCAAUUCCUGCUUCCAUAAAUUAGAACUACCUUCUAUCCCGCUGGUCCUGCUGGAUGACAGCAUGCAUCUUGUGGUUUGCUGGCCAAGAGUAUUGCAGGCAUUUCAAAGAGGAAGGUCAGCUCAGAGUGUGUAAUUACAAAGAAUGAACCCUCCUUUCCUAGCCAAACAGAGGUGGAAGGAGAAAAUAACAAGAGGAGGGGGACAUGGCAGAGGGCAACUGGCUGAGACCAGGCCAGUUCAGGCAGUGCAAAAUGAUUGACUCACACACAGAGAUCACUUAGGUUGGGGUACGUGAGCAACGCAGGGCUGGGUUCUCAAUGUGGGUCAAAAAGGAGGUAGCUAAUGUAAGAAGCCAUGAACCCUAUGCUUUGAAUCGACAUAGUGCCACUGUGCUUUCUGGCUUAAAAUUCUGCAAAUCAAAGCACUUUUUUUAAAGGACCCUACUGGCAGCCAUGAUCGAUUGCAAGCUGUUUUUGAACUCUACAAAUGUUUCCAAAGAUAUAAUCAAAAUGUUUUCUAUUCAUUAAAAAAUAUAUUAAACAUACCCAUAGAGAAAUUUAAGUAUAAUUAAAAGAGAUUGUUAUGCUUUAAAAUGUACUCUAAUAAAUCCUAUAAAAUAUAA